CUAAAAGAAAAGGAAAAUAAAAAAAAUAGAAAAGGAUGGUUGUGCAAAGCUCUCUGCAUUUCCCCUCUCCCGUAUACCAAAACCCACCCGAUCCCUAAUCUCAUUCAAUAGUGUCGGGGAACCUCGCUCCGGCAGGCGGCGGCGACCCCGACCCGUAAUCUCAUUCAACGGCGUCGGAGAACCUCGCUCCGGUAGGUGGCGACGGAGGAGCCUCUUCAGAACCCACAGUCCUUACCCAAUGGCGCCGGCGGAGGAGCCUCUUCAGAACCCACAGUCGUUACCCCUAAUUGCAUUCAACGGCGCCGGGAAACCUCGCUCCGGCAGGCGGUGGUGGCGGAGCCUCUUCAAAACCCACAUGCCACAAUGCCUCUUCAGAACCCACAGGCCACAACGUUUCAUCACCCGGAUUUGUCCCGCCAUAACAAAUCGAAUCACUGGAUUUCUACGAGUCAAUAACUCGGAGCUUCAGUACAACCAUUGAAGGAAGAUGUCACACCUUAGAGUGAUACAGAUGUGAUGAAGUAGAACAAGAACCCAAGACUGUCAUACUUCAGUAAGUUUUUCUUCUUCAAUUUUUAGUUAUGAACAUUGAUAAAAGGUGGGUUUAUUUCAGCUUAGAGUAAAACCACGUCUAAGCUUCGUAUAAGAUCAAAUUUCCAUGGGGACAUUACGAAUUGCUUUAAAUUUGUAUAUGAACUGAUCUAAGCUUUAUGUUCUGCGUCAACAUUAAGAGAUGAUCCUCUUUGGUUCUAUAAGGGUUAUGAUAGUAGCUUAGUAUACUCGUGUAAUAGUUCUAAUCAUGAAUGGUUUUUAAUUAAAAAAACGAUUAUCAAGAAUUUCUGUUUUGCUCACGUUAUUAUCAAUUGUCAUGAAAUUUACUUUCAAUGUAAUUGAUCAGCAGUAAUUCUUCUUUUACGCGAAAAAUGGGACUAAUUAGAAGGAAAAACUCUAACCGUACAAAGAAGUGAAAUUUUGUAUGCAGGGAAGCUAAUAAGGAAUAUUUUAAUUAGAAUACAAUUAGACUUCUACUUUUGUGCUAAUUAUUCCGAGUAAGUGAAAAACUCUCCAGUUCCGCUCCGAAUUAAUUUGUCCCUAUUAAGGCAGAAAAAGAAAUAGGAAUAAAUAUGAGUGUAUGAGUACAUGUUGGUUUUUUGGUUAUCCAAACCAAAACCAAAACCAAUAAGGGUCUUAAUGGUUUUGGUUUUGGUUUUUGGGAUUUGGUUUUUGGUUUUUCAUACUUAAUGGUUUGGUUAACCAAACCAAACCAAAUUGACAGCCCUAGGCAGGGUCAAAGUCUUGAUGUAGUGGAGGUCUACCUGCCUAAGCUGGUGUUCAGUCAUGGCCAAUUGUACGUAGCAGUUUCGCGAGUACGACCAGCUGACGGCUUGCAUAUACUGAUUGACAACGAUGGCGGAAGUUCCACAAUCAUAUACUAGAAAUAUAGUAUAUCACGAGACAUUUGCUGAUGUGCACACCGCACCGACAUCACACACAGGUAAAUAAAUUUAAAUAGCCUAUAAUUAUUUCUCACCCUCCCUUACAUUCAUUCACCAAUGAAUGUGCUUAUAAAUGAUACAGAUGACAUGGACUCCGAUAGUGAGCAGUUCAGGAACCAGGAUAUAUAAGAAGGGACUCCUUUCAUACUCUUUCACAGGUAACCAAAUUUUGCCGAACAUUACUAAUAAUCAAAUAAUAUAUACGCCAAAACCACAAGACGUAUAUAAUUAUAAAUGGGUUAGCAACUCAAGUUUGAUUUAUAAUUUAUCACUAGAAUUUUUUCAUAAACAUUAUCAAUGUGUUAACCAUGCCAAGAACAACGUGCAUUGAAGCCAACCUUUUCUAAGUUACAAUUGUCUAAUGAUGGAAUAAAACCAAAUAGAACAAACAUUUAUAGAGGUACAUAAUCGAAUACAGCAAAAAUUUAUACUGGUACAAAGUAGGUCAUUAAGACUAUCGACGAUAUAAUUUAUUUUUAUCAUUAGCGUGAUAUUAAAUUAGUGUUGGGUUCUAAUCAAGUUGCACUUCCUUUUGGUUUUCCAGAUCACUAUAUCGGAUGCACCACAACAACUAUCGGUGAGCUCUCCACUAAAGGAACUUCAAUACGCUACAAAUGAUAAUGUCAACCAAAUUAUCGGCAUGCCAAGACCAUUGUCAUUUCUUUUUUUGUGAAAUUUCAUUAUAUUUCAUUGUAAUAUUUUUCCGAUAAACCACAAACACUAUGAAUAUCGAUUUUUACAACAUUAAAAUAAACACACGCACGAUCAAAUUAUAUUAUUCAACAUUAACAACAGAGUAAACGAAUUACGAAUCAAAUCCCGUUGCGUAGCACGGGCUAAUUCUCUAGUAACCAUUAUACAAGCCGACUACAUGGGAGCAAAGGACCUCCACAGUCCCUAUCCAAUAUGGAUUACUAGCAUCAUUCAGGUGAUCACCGAUGCCACCAUCAUCAGGUGCCGGCGUCUGCAAAGAACUCCACUGGAUUCAAUCUUCAACAGCCACACUGGAAUAGGAAUACCCAUCUCCUUCUAGAUUCCGGCCGGAGUAACAAUGGCAAACGCCUUCUCUGGAGUGGGAAUGCCCUGCGGAAUGGAAUAUAUAACCAAUUAAUGG